UUUGAGUCACUCUCGUCGCACUCGCCUUGCGCUGGGAGGAGCGAUUCGCGAUCACGCAAAUUUUGUGUUCUUCUCCUUCUCUCUUUCUCUCUCUCCCCUUUUUUAAGCUUUCUCUCCUUCUACGUUCUACCUCUGCUAGAUCCGCGAUUCGACUCGAAAAGCAUCAAAAGGAACAAAAUUUUUCUUUUUGUCGGUUCUUUUUCUCGUAUUCGGCUUCUGCCAAUUAAUCGAUCUCGAUCUCUGGAUUUUUUGAGGACCUGAUUUGUGAUUUUCGAGGCCUCUGUUCGUUGAAUACAGAUGAAUAAAGCAUUUUUUCGAGGGUUUCCGACUCGUGAUUAGUAUGUGAACGAACAUGGGGUCCGGGAUGCCUGCAACGUCCACUUCAACCUCUCCGGUUCCGUCUGAAGAUAGUGCUGAUAUGUCCGUCUCACAACUCCGUGAGAAGCAUCAAUUGGAACUAGAAAAUUUGACUUUCACAACACAACCAUUCAAGACAUUAAAGCUUUUCACAUUGGCUACCACUGAUUAUGUUAAGAAGUCAAUAUUAUAUAUUCUGACAAGAGGUGGUUGGCCUCUGCUUUUGUGUACUUUGGUAUUGGCUUCCGGAAUUCUUCUUGUUACCUUCUUUGAUGGUCCUCAUGAAAAGCAUGUUCAGGAGUUUCUUCAAUAUUUCCAUUUUGGAUUGUGGUGGUUGGCCCUUGGCAUAGCAUCAUCAAUUGGUUUGGGAUCGGGUUUGCACACUUUUGUGUUGUAUCUGGGCCCACAUAUAGCACUUUUUACAAUAAAAGCCAUGCAUUGUGGCCGAGUGGAUUUGAAAUAUGCCCCAUAUGAUACAAUUCAAUUGAACAGGGGCCCUUCAUGGCUUGAAAAGGACUGCUCGGAAUAUGGGCCUCCAGUCUUUACAUCCUCAGAUGGUGUGAUGGUUCCCCUCAGCAGUAUAUUACCUCAUGUUCAGCUGGAGGCUGUUUUAUGGGGCAUUGGUACUGCACUUGGGGAGCUUCCUCCUUAUUUUAUCUCAAGAGCAGCAAGUCUAACAGGAAACAAAGUGGAUGCUAUGGAAGAACUUGAUACCUCACCAAGAGAAGAUGACAGUGUCAUAGCCAGUCACCUGAAGCAAAUCAAACGCUGGCUCCUUUCGCACUCUCAACAUCUGAACUUCCUUACCAUUUUAGUACUUGCUUCGGUGCCAAACCCACUAUUUGACCUUGCUGGCAUCAUGUGUGGCCAAUUUGGAAUUCCAUUCUGGAAGUUCUUUCUUGCUACAUUAAUUGGAAAGGCUAUUAUUAAAACCCACAUACAGACGGUUUUCAUCAUCUCAGUUUGCAACAAUCAACUUCUCGAGUGGAUAGAAAAUGAGUUGGUUUGGGUUCUUGGCCAUGUCCCUGGUCUCUCAUCUGUCCUUCCCAAUGUUGUUGCUAAGCUGCAUUCCAUCAGACAGAAAUACAUAUCUCCCCCAGUUCCGGUACAUUCUAAUGUUAAGGUCAAGAAAUGGGAUCUGUCCAUGGCAUCAAUCUGGAACACUGUUGUUUGGCUCAUGCUGCUUAAUUUCUUUGCCAAAAUUGUGACAGCAACAGCACAAGGGUUUCUUAAGAAACAGCAGGAGAAAGAGUUGGCUGCAUUGUCAUCAGAAUCCAGACAUUUAAAUGGAGAGACAGACGCAGUAUCCAAUUGAACUCGUCUAGUCUCACCGGAUCCCUGUACUGUUUUUGUUUCAAACAAGCAUUGAGGGUGAUGACAUUCAAGUUUGGCAUUAUUGAAGCCACCCCGAGCUUUCUCUGCAUCAAGUCUCCCAUGUGUACAGAAAACAAACAUGAAAGAAAAUGGAAGGGGAAGUUGCAGGAUUAUUUAUUGUAAUAGGAAGCAUGUCGAGGGUGGUGCAUCAGUGCAUUAUUCUAAAAUUGUUGGAAUUGUGAAGCAGGAGCAUUAUUUUCCUUGGCCAACACCACGAUUUUUUUUUCUUAACCAUGCCUUGUUGAGAAAUAACUCUUAACGUACAAGACCAUACUUGAAACAUUUUCCAAGAGGCAAAAACGAAGCAUCUCUCUC